AGUCUCGUGCGCUCCGGGGCUAGUGCCGCCGCACGUGCGUGGUCUCUGCGGUUGGUGCCGCCUCCGCUGCCGGGGCUCCGGGUGUGAGAGCCGGCGUCAUGGGGAAGCUGCGGCGGCGCCACAACGUCAAAGGGCGGCAGCAGCCGCCGCCGGGGCCCGAGCCUGAGCGGCCGGUCCAGGUGCAGCUGGAGCUGGACGACAGGGACUUGUGGAAAGGAGUGGAUGAGAGCAACGCACUUGUCCUGCCGGGACGGAAAGAGAAGAAGAAGAAGGCUGCACCCACUUCCAAGAAGGAGAAGAAGCCCCUGACCAAAAAGGAGAAGAAGCUCCUACAGAAAGUGUUGGAGCAAAAGAAAAAAAAGAGCCAGCGAGCCGAAUUACUGCAGAAACUGAGUGAAGUCCAGGCUUCUGAGGCAGAAAUGCGGCUUCUGUAUACCACCUCCAAACUGGGGACUGGCGAGCGAAUGUACUGCAGCAAAAGGAAGGCAGAAGAGACUGGACCUGGGGCUCUGGAGAAGAUUAGUAGCCUCAGUGGUGCUCACAGAAAAAGACGAAGGCCGCCGUUAGAAGAGGAGGCUGAGUCCUCCAGCGAGGCUGAGACAGGGAGCGAGGCCGAGGGCUCAGAAGCCCCGGCACCAACUGGAGUUGGUGCAGAGGCGGAGAUGCCGGCGGCCAUGAAGCCUGCCGAGCCCCUCACUGAAGACAAGAGCUCUCCCUCCGGCCGCCAACCGGCCCCCGCACUGGCACCUCCUCCCCCCGCCCGCCAAGCGCUGUCGGUAAAGCCGGCCAUCUUCGUCCCGGUGGACCGGUCUGCCGAGAUCCAGGAAGCCCGGCUCAAGCUCCCCAUUCUUUCAGAAGAGCAAGUGAUCAUGGAGGCUGUUGCUGAGAACCCCACUGUCAUCGUAUGUGGGGAGACAGGGAGUGGCAAGACUACUCAGGUGCCCCAGUUUCUGUAUGAAGCUGGCUAUAGCAGCGAUGGCCUCAUCGGGAUCACUGAGCCUCGCCGAGUGGCCGCCCUGGCCAUGUCCCAGCGGGUGGCCAAGGAGAUGAGCCUUUCCCAAAGGGUGGUUUCCUACCAAAUCCGAUACGAAGGCAGUGUGACAGAGGACACCCAAAUCAAGUUCAUGACAGACGGAGUCUUGCUCCGAGAGAUCCAGAAGGACUUCUUACUUUCCAAGUACAAAGUGGUCAUCAUCGAUGAGGCCCAUGAGAGAAGCGUCUACACGGACAUUCUGAUUGGCCUCUUGUCGAGGAUCGUGUCUCUUCGGGCAAAGAAGCAGCAGCCCCUGAAACUGCUCAUCAUGUCAGCCACACUCCGCGUGGAGGACUUCACCCAGAACUCCCGGCUCUUCUCAGUGCCUCCCCCUGUUGUAAAGGUGGACGCCAGGCAGUUCCCCGUGACCGUACACUUUAACAAGAGGACGCCGCUCCAUGACUAUAGUGGCGAGUGCUUCCGGAAAGUUUGUAAGAUCCACCGAAUGUUACCUCCAGGAGGUAUUUUGGUGUUCCUGACGGGACAGGCCGAGGUGCACUCGCUCUGCCGAAGACUCCGGAGGGCCUUCCCAUGCCUUAGAGGCAGUGCCAGAGGAACAGAAGUAAAGGUGGAUUCCGUAGAAGAGAUGAGAAAAUUCAAGAAGUCCCGAGGCAAGAAGGGCCCUGUGGCGCUGCCCAGAAUCGAUCUGGAUAAUUACUCAGUAUUGCCCGUGGAUGAAGGGGACGAGGACAGGGAGUCAGAGAUGGAUGAGGAAGAGGAAGCUGUGGGAUCCGAUCUCGACCUAGACCUGGGAGAUGGGGAAGCUGAAGAAGAUGAGAAGCCGGAUGCCUCCCUCCCCCUUCAUGUCCUCCCGCUGUAUUCACUGCUAGCUCCAGAGAAGCAAGCCCAGGUGUUCAGAUCUCCCCCGGAGGGAUGCAGACUGUGUGUGGUAGCCACCAAUGUGGCUGAGACGUCCCUGACCAUCCCUGGCAUCAAAUACGUUGUCGACUGCGGGAAAGUCAAGAAGAGGUUUUAUGACAAAGUGACCGGUGUGUCCUCUUUCCGGGUAACAUGGGUGUCACAGGCAUCGGCCGAUCAGCGAGCAGGGAGAGCCGGGAGGACGGAGCCAGGCCACUGCUACAGGCUCUACUCGUCGGCCGUUUUCAGUGAUUUUGAGAAGUUUUCUCCUCCUGAAAUCACCCGGCGGCCCGUCGAGGAUCUGGUCCUUCAGAUGAAAGCUUUGAACAUAGAAAAGGUUGUCAACUUCCCGUUUCCAUCCCCUCCCCCCAUGGAGGCCCUGGUCGCCGCAGAGGAGUUGUUGACAGCACUCGGGGCUUUGCAGGAGCCCCUGCAGACGGGACGGCUGAAACAGCUGCAGGGGGCAAAGCUGAGCUGCCCAAUCAGCCCCUUGGGGAGAACCAUGGCCACCUUUCCGGUGGCUCCUCGUUACGCCAAGAUGCUGGCCCUCAGCCAGCAGCACGAAUGCCUGCCCUACAUCAUCACCAUCGUGGCCGCCAUGACGAUCCGGGAGCUGUUUGAGGAGUUAGACGGACCGGCUGCCAGCGAGCAGGAGCAGGCCCAGCUGAAGGGGAAGAAGGCGCGUGUGUCCCAGAUGCAGAGACUGUGGGCUGGCCAGGGAGCCUCGCUGAAGCUGGGUGACAUGAUGGUGCUGCUCGGCGCAGUGGGGGCCUGCGAGUACUCGGGCUGCACGCCACGAUUCUGCGAAGCCAACGGUCUGCGGUACAAGGCCAUGUUGGAGGUGCGGCGGCUUCGGGGGCAGCUGACGACAGCAGUGACCUCCAUCAGUGAGCACGCUGCAGGCCUCUUUGUGGACCCCAAAAUGAAGCCCCCAAACGAAGACCAGGUGAAUUUUCUGCGGCAGAUGGUGCUGGCCGGCUUGGGCGAUCACGUCGCCAGGCGUAUCCAGAGCGAGGAGCUGCUUGAUGAAAAGUGGAAGAAUGGCUAUAAGACCCCUCUGCUCGAUGAUCCUGUCUUCAUCCACCCCAGCUCAGUCCUCUUCAAAGAGCUCCCCGAGUUUGUGGUCUAUCAGGAGAUUGUGGAAACCACCAAGAUGUACAUGAGAGGGGUCUCUGCAGUUGAAGCCACGUGGAUUCCGGUCCUGCUGCCUUCUUACUGCCACUUUGAAAAGCCCCUCGAGGACCCUCCCCCCUCCUACUGCUCCAAGACUGGCCGGGUCGUGUGUCACCGGGCCAGCACCUUCUAUCGCGUGGGCUGGCAGCUCCCUGCCGUGCAGGUGGACUACCCCGAGGGGCUCGAGCGCUACAAGUUCUUUGCCAAGUUUUUCCUGGAAGGAGAGGUCUUUAAAAAGCUCGCCCGGCACAGAAGCUGCUUGUUGUCGAGCCCGAGCACGAUGCUCAAGACUUGGGCCAAGCUCCAGCCCAGGACAGAGAGCCUCCUGAAAGCCCUGGUUUCAAAGAAGGCGGAUUGCCGAGAGGCUUUAAAAAAGGCCUGGAAGCAGGAGCCCAAGUAUUUGCUGUCUGAGUAUUGUGAGUGGCUCCCCCAGGCCAUACACAAUGAAGUCUCCACACUUUGGCCCCCCUGCAAACCCUGAGCCUCCCGAACCCUCGCCAGCUUCUGGCUUUUCCUGUGGCACCAGGCCUUUCACUGGGCCGGGGAGGCACCAGGCCUCUUUCUGAAGGACUCAGUGCCUGUUCCCCUGGUACAGAGUGUGAAUCGUCUUGGGUGGCCCUGGCGUGCUCCGAGGAAGCAGAUCUAAAUCUCUGAAGCCAGGCUCCAUCUCCUUCUGUCUGCAUGACACAGCCCACAGUAAUCCUGGAUUUUCUGGUCUGACUUUUUAGGAGUGUUAUUACAGCCUUGUGAGCUGGGCCCAUAGACUGUGUCACCUCCCAGUACCUUCUGGUUUUUCACCUCUCUUCUCACCUCCUGCCUUCCUGGGCUCCCUGUGGCUGCUCUCUUCCCUCUCCCAGGUGUCCUUCCCUCGUCUGCCACAGGGUCUUCCUACCCCCAGAUCUGUGCAGGUCACUUUCCUCCUCUGGAAGCACUUGGGGCCCCCAUUUUCUAUAGGAGGGAGACAGACUCCCCUUCUUUGCUAUUUAAGGCCUUCACAGUUGGGCUCGGCCCAGCCUAGCCUGUGUCUCCAGACUGGUGACAUGAUUUGGUCCAGGGCUCUUCCCAGCAGUCUGAUUUCUGCCUCCCCUCCUUGAUGACACCAACCACCCUGCCAUGCCCGGAAUGCUUUCCUCCUUUACCAGUCUUUGAGAGCCCCUCAAUCCUGUCGAGGUUGUGGUGCUACCACCUUCCAGAGACCUUUCCUAAUUACCUGGGUUUACUGCCACCAUAUCCUGUCCCCUGCCCCCACUUCUCUGUGGAUGUUGUAUGUAGUUUAGAUUUACUGGACCGUGAACAUCUUGUACCCCUCAGGUGGACUGUAAGCUUCUUGAGGGCAGGGACUAUCUCACUUUUAUACUUAGAUCUCCAGGACCUAGUGCAGUAUCUGUUAUGAACUAAAACUUUGUCCUUUUCUUGUUAAAUUAUUUUUUUUAUUUCUAACUUCAAAAUGAGCAUUUCUAUCUUCCCUUCCUAACUGCAUGGGACUGAGUAUUCCUCUCCUGUCCUCUCCCCUUUUCCACUCCCUUAGAUCUAAUCUCUUUGAGCACUAGGGGCACAUCUCACGCUUUAUUGGAUUCCCGAGUCCCUUGCGCAGACAGGCCCUCAAUAAACAUUUCUUUAGCUCGUCCUCCCCUCCCACAAUCACCAAAUUCCAGUCCUCACUCACUGGAGACAAGGGGGAACUGGUCUCCCCAUUUCCCUUGUACCUCACCCCUAAUUGUGAUGGCAGUAGGAAUGAACACCAAGAAGUAGGUUAUUCCUGAGAAAGCAAAUCCUUUUCUUAUGCUAGCUGAUGUAAAUAGACAUUUGGUUGAAAUAAAUAUAUUUAACUAAUA